GUCCGUCGUAUCUCCACCAGUUGUACCCUAUCGUGUCUGUCUCCAACCAUGCAGUUCAAGAUAUUCACUGUGCUGCUCGCCAUCGGUCUUCCACUGGCCAUGGCAUCCCCUCUUCCUAAGGAAGAUGCCGAGGCUAUUCCCUACUACCCUAAACGGAGCGAGGAAGCCGAAGCCAUCCCCUAUUACCCGAAGCGCAGCGAGGAUGCUGAGGCCAUUCCCUACUACCCUAAGCGGAGUGAGGAUGCUGAGGCUAUUCCUUACUACCCAAAGCGGAUGAAGAAGCCGAAGCCAUUCCCUACUACCCUAAGCGGAGUGAGGAUGCUGAGGCUAUUCCUUACUACCCAAAGCGCAGCGAGGACGCUGAGGCUAUCCCCUACUAUCCUUGAAAAAGCUUAAGGACGAGGCUCAGAGUACCAAUUUACGAAAGCAUGAAUGGUUUUAGAAUGUGCUGAUGAUCUUGCAACAAACUUAUACGAUCCUUUUCUUUGUUACUCAAAUUUUCUAUGCCUUUUGUUUCGAAAAUGCUGUAAACAUGCAGCUUCGAGUUCCCAGGUCUGACUGGUUGAUUCUAUUCUCAUUUCAAAGGUCGUUCAAGAGUUAGUUUACUUCUAGCUAGCUACGCAUGGGAAAUGCCACUGCGAGUUCAACACCGCGGGACCAUAUCGGUAUCUAAAGUCCCUUAUCAAUAGUGCGUU